CUUUCCCGCAAAAGACCAUUAAAAAUCCUGAAAGAAUUUAUACCAAGCCUCCUGGAUCCCGAUCCUUGCAUCAUGAGGGCAAUCGUCCAGCGUGUGCUCUCAGCCGGCGUCGAGGUCGAAGGGCGUCUCGUAUCAGAGAUCGGUCCGGGCCUUCUCGUACUCGUCGGCAUCCACGAAUCCGACGGCGAAGCUGAUGCAGAUUAUAUUUGUAGGAAGGUUUUGAAUAUGAGGCUUUUUCCUAACGAGAAGAGUGGAAAAGCAUGGGAUCAAAGUGUGAUGCAGCGCAAUUUCGGAGUUUUAUUGGUGAGCCAAUUUACCCUGUAUGGUAUUCUUAAGGGCAACAAGCCGGACUUCCAUGUAGCAAUGCCACCUAACAAAGCAAAAGAAUUUUAUGCAUCUCUUGUUGAAAAGUUUCGAAAAUCAUAUACAGCAGAUGUGGUUAAAGAUGGUAUUUUUGGUGCAAUGAUGAAGGUUAAUUUGGUAAAUGAUGGCCCUGUUACUAUGCAACUUGAUUCUUCACAAACAAGGAAUUCCAACGGAGCGAUAGAGGAUAGAACAGCCUCAUGUCAUACAUGAUAUUCAAGCAAAGAAGGGAGACUUACCUCUGGGUUGUGGGUGAGACACCGGUGAUCGGGCGGAGAAGAAGCGGCGCCGGCAAGCGGACGGCGACCAGCGGAGCAGGUGACGGGAGGGGAUGGCGAUCGGGAUUGGGAUCGGGAUGAGGGAGCCUGAGCGAAAAUACUGAAUAGGGUUUUUGGAGAUUUGAUUCGCGUAAAUAGGGGGAGUGGUUGUUCGGUCUAACUCAACUGCCGGUUCAAGUCGAUUCUAAACAUUUUGAUGUAGGGUUGAUUUUCAACUCACCAAGAACCAGACCUCCGGCUAGUUCACGGUCAAACCGGUGGGCCGGUUUUUAAAUACUUGCUAUUUUCUCUAUAUUUUUUGGACUAAUUUUCAAAAGUUUUUAU